AUGGACCAAACCCUGGCAGAAGAGGGGCUGUGCUCCCCGGGUGCUCCCAGCGCCCCGACUUCUCCAGCUGCCCCCCGUGGCUCCCUCCUCCACGCGCAGGUCUUGCCUUUGAGCUGCCUGGGCAGCGCAGAUUCCCCUGCGGAGCACGACGACGUCUUCCGGGGGCAGGGGAGCGGGCAGGAGGCUGGUUCGGGUGGAACCCGCCCCGGGACGCAGGCAGAGCCGCAGCCUUCCCCUGCUGCGGCCGCCUUCAGCCCUACCCCUGCUACCUCGGAGCAGGAGAAGCAGAAGGAAACCAUCACCCCUGAGAGAGCAGAAGAAGCGAAACUGAAGGCUAAAUACCCCAACCUAGGCCAGAAGCCUGGAGGCUCCGACUUCCUCAUGAAGAGACUGCAAAAAGGGCAAAAAUACUUUGAUUCGGGUGAUUACAACAUGGCCAAGGCAAAGAUGAAGAACAAGCAGUUGCCAAGUGCGGGGCCAGACAAGAACCUGGUGACAGGAGACCACAUCCCCACACCACAAGACCUCCCGCAGAGAAAAUCCUCGCUUGUAACCAGCAAGCUGGCAGGGUAG